CGAGCAAAGGCCAUUUAUUGCAGAGGCCGCAAGCCUGAGCACCUUCUUAUUAUUUAGUUGCCGUAAGAAAUGCCAGUGCAAUGCUACUACGCUGUGGAUCGCGUCCAUGUCCUCAUUGGUCCUGCCAUCAGUCAUUGGAUCACUGAACACUUGUAUAACAUUUCGGUCUUGUCUCGUGCAGCCCUGUAAGCAGUGUUAGCGUUAGACAGCUGGUGAGUUAUUUGGUGACAUUUAUAUUGUAGCGAGGUCGAUAAGUCGGAGGUUUCGUGGGACAUUUCUACAGGCGAGGAGUUAUGGCUCAUGGACUGCUGCUCAAGAGUUUAGGUGCUGGAUAUGUCGGUCUUAGGGCGCCUCCAUGUGCGUUGUUAGAAUUGAAUUCUUGUCGGCGUUUGGGGCAAUGGCCUGCUUUGAUUCCGAGAGGUGUACAGAAAGGUUCGGUGCGGAUUAGGAGGCAAUGCGGGAAUCGGCGUCUGAUUGUGAAGGCGGUGGUAGAUCCUUGGGCUCCUGGUGCAGCGCUGGACUCUCAGAGUAUUGCGUCUUCACUUUUCGCAGGGUCCCUGUUCCCUUAUUUGGGUUUUCUGUACCACAUCACCAAGUCGAAAACAUCGCCCCCAAUGACCCUCUUCGGCUUCUAUUUCUUGCUCGCCUUCGUUGGUGCAACAAUUCCAGCAGGCAUAUAUGCGAAGAUUCACUACGGGACUUCCUUAUCAAAUGUUGACUGGCUACAUGGUGGUGCUGAGUCCUUGCUUACCCUGACGAACCUAUUCAUUGUGUUUGGCUUGAGGGGUGCUCUACGUAACGCAGAGGAAAAUGACAAGCAAGUUGAGGUCAAGGUCGAAGAAGAAAACGUGCCUUAUUCAAAAUGAGCAGAUAUCGGUGAAGAGUAAAAGGAAUCAAAUCACCGUGAUUCUCAUUCCCUUUGCCAGAUAUGGGGAGUUUCUCCGUACAUGUAUCAUCACUGUUGUACAAGAUUUUCAGGUCUUUUAUGAACUUGGAGUGCAGUUUUAUCACAAUUUGGUCACAUCUCACCCUGACAGUAGGUCACACGAGGUUUAGGAUGCUGGUGCAGCAUGUGGCUACCAACCACAAUAUAAUAGAGAACCAAAGCAUGAGACCGUUUGUAGUAGAUAACGUUCUGUGUCGGAUGUACUCUGUUGCAAGAGGUACAAUCUUGACAGUUCUCAGAGAUCAGAACGCUGUGAAGUAGGUAUUUUGAGAGUGUCUGAUGCUUGGUCAGUCUGUCACUAAGAUAGUCUGGAGAUAUCAGAAAGCUGCCACACCCUCAAAAACAUGUACAAUAUUGUAUCUUUAUUUCGAAGCCAUCCCUGAUGGCUUCGUAGUUUUCAACAAUUCACGAAAACAUCAUUGAAGCCACAUUGGCUAUUCUUGACCUUGCUUCCACGGGUGGUCUCUACUUUCUUAUGUUAUUUCCAGAGCUUGUGCUUGGUACCUUC